AUGGAGAUUGGCAUUAGUGUUUACAAGGUAAUUGCUAGUGGGCCGCAUACUUGGAGUACGCUAUCCCUGCACGCCCUACAGGGCGAGGUGAACUCGGCCGAACAAGGGCCGAUGGCAUCGCUGGCUAUUCACGCUCUCAGGAAUGAGAGGUUCAGAGACAUUGUGAUGAGUCCAAACACGAGUUCGCCCGAGGCGAAGCCGUUUAGAUUUAGCCAGCCAGUACGCUUUCACGGUUGGUCCCCAGAGACUCAGGCGAACCGGCACUUUGUCAAGCGAAACAUAAUCCCGAGCUUUUGA